AUGACAGGGCUGCUGCCUUAUGCGUCCAGGGGGGUGGGCCUGCAGCAUUCGCUCGACAGGGGCCUGUAUUGGACGCAAAGACUGGAAUCCAGGGGUUGGCAGCCUGUUGCCGGGCUCAUCAACAACACCAUCACGCCGCAGCUGCACUGCCCUGGCCCGGCCGGCGAGGGAGUGGCGCCCGGAUCGUUUCGCGGCUGGCAGCCCACCGACAGCCAACAGUCACUGUCUUAG